ACACAUCGUGUGGAGAGACGGCUCUCGUUUUCUUCUUUUAGCAGCGCAAAGCUAAAAGCUCAUCUCUUAGUCAAAUAUCUGGUCUCGCCUCUCGGUAUUAAACAUGGCCGUCGACCAGGAUGCUGAAGCUGCAGAGAACAUUAUCAGUAUCCAACAAAGGAUAAGAGAACCACUGAUACGGAAUAUAGAACAUGGAGAAAACAAAGGCGGCAAAGAGCAAGUAUGGAUGGUUUACUUCAGCACAUUUGUCGCAGUUUGUGGCUCUUUCGAAUUUGGAUCCUGUGCUGGCUAUUCAUCACCUACUCAGUCUGCUAUCAGGGAGGAUCUAGGACUAUCUCUCGCUCAGUACUCUGUGUUUGGCUCCAUAUUAACUUUUGGUGCGAUGAUUGGUGCUAUCACUAGUGGGCCUAUUGCUGAUUUCAUUGGCCGGAAAGGGGCAAUGUGGAUGUCAGCUGCUUUCUGCACUGGUGGAUGGCUUGCCAUUUACUUUGCUGAGGGAGCCUUGUUACUGGACAUUGGAAGACUAUCAACAGGAUAUGGAAUGGGGGUCUUUUCUUAUGUGGUACCUGUUUUCAUAGCUGAAAUGGCACCCAAAGAUCUUCGAGGAGGCCUGACAACAGUCAACCAGCUCAUGAUCUGUAGUGGUGUGUCUGUUGCCUACAUAAUUGGGACAGUUCUAACAUGGCGAGCUCUAGCUCUAACUGGAUUGAUCCCAUGCUUUAUUCUAUUUCUGGGCCUCUUUUUCAUUCCAGAGUCUCCUAGAUGGCUGGCAAAAAUGGGAUACCAGAAAGAGUUUGAUGCUGCUCUGCGAAGGCUCCGUGGCAAGGAUGCUGAUAUUUCUCAUGAAGCAGCAGAAAUCCAAGAUUAUAUAGAGACUCUCCAACAGCUUCCUAAAGCAAAAAUACUAGAUUUGUUUCAGCGAAGAUACUUGCGUUCAGUCAUUGUUGGAGUUGGAUUGAUGGUCUUUCAGCAAUUUGGGGGGAUCAAUGGAAUCUGUUUUUAUGUGAGCCAGAUUUUUGUAUCUGCAGGAUUUCCUUCUGAUGUGGGGACUAUUACCUAUGCUUGUCUUCAGGUUGUGAUAACUGCAUUGGGUGCAUUCUUAAUGGAUAAAGCUGGAAGGAGACCACUAUUAUUGGUUUCUGCAUCAGGGCUGGUUUUGGGCUGCAUAUUAACUGCCAUCUCCUUCUAUCUAAAGGUUCAUGAAUUGUCAAUCAAAUCAGUCCCAGCACUAGCUGUAACUGGCAUACUGGUGUAUAUAGGAUCCUUCUCAGCAGGAAUGGGAGCAACUCCUUGGGUUAUAAUGUCUGAGAUAUUCCCAAUAAAUGUUAAAGGAAUUGCUGGAAGCCUUGCAACACUGGUGAAUUGGUUUGGUGCAUGGGCAAUUUCCUACACUUUCAACUUCCUCAUGAGCUGGAGCUCUUAUGGCACCUUUAUCCUCUAUGCUGCAAUUAAUGGACUAGCAAUCCUGUUCGUGGCCAAAGUAGUACCUGAAACAAAGGGGCGAACACUGGAACAAAUUCAGGCUGCAAUUAAUACCACCUAGAGAAGAUCAAAGAAAAUAAAAGGGGGAAACAAGCAUUUCUGCUGGUAUUUUCCUUUUUUCAUUGUUUCAUUGAUAAGAUGCAGGUUGGAGAGAGCAAGAAGAUUUUAUGCUGCCCCCGGAAAGACCUGAGGGAAUACUUACCAGGAUUUAUUCACCACUUCAUCUGAAAAACAUACAUUGAUUAUAUAAACCAGAACCUGUUUAUGUUUUAACUCAUUUAUAUCUUUCACCAUUUGGACUUUCAAAUUGAGAUACAUUAUGCUCCAAUAGUUUGUGCAUGAAACAUGUGGAUGCAAUGUGAAACUCUGCACUUUGAACUUUUGGAUUA